AUGACUGCUGAUGCUGUUGAUAUUUAUGAUCAUGAUCCUGUUUAUUUUUCAUUAAAUGAAUUCGAACAGCAUGAACAAGUUAAACAAUUAAUCGAUCAAAUAGGAUCCAUUGAUAAUCAAAGCGUAGAAACGGUCAAUACAAAUGAACAAACUGACGUCGAACUUAUCUAUGAUCAAUUUCAAUAUAUUCUUAAUCAAUAUCAAGAACAACCACAAUUACUUGAUUCAUAUUUACCAAAUAUGAUACUUAGAUUACUUAAUUAUAUUGAACACGGUCCAAAUAAAAAUCAUAUAGCUGGCUCACUUCUUCAUCACAUUAUAAAAGUUCGUGGUUUCAAAGUAAUGACAACGCGUUUUUUACCUCAUGAACCUCAUCAUUUGAUUGUUGUAAUCAAAUUAAUUGACCGCGAACUAGAAGAAAAUUCGUCAUCUGAAAAUGCAUGGGCAACACUUUAUUCGUUAUUUGUUUGGCUUGGAACAACAUGCAUGGUGCCGCUUGAUUUAUGUCGAUUUGAUUCAAAAUCUAGUAAACAAACAACUAUGGUACAAAUAUUAAAUAUAUAUAAACGUUUUCUAUACAAUUCCGUUUAUAUGCGUAUGGUUGCAUUUAAUAUUGGUCAUUUUAUGUCUCGUCAAGAUUCAAUACGUCUUUUAUGUUUAAAUGAUUAUUUAACCGGUGAAAUUUUUCCGAUACUUGAAAAGUAUGAUGAUAAAAUAAAUGAUGAAAAUAUUAUUUUACGCAUUACUGCAUCUUUACAAACAGUAUCAUAUAUAUUUAAAUUUGGACAACGCUUAAAUUUAAUUAUAUAUGUCGAGUCAUUAUAUAAUGUUUUAAUUGAUAAAAAAAUUUUAAAUGCUAGACGUAUUGUUAUACGACGUAUGGCAUAUAAAUUAUUACAAAAGCUUGCUAUGAUUCUAUUGCCUAUGCCUAAACAUGGUGCAGCAUGGAGAUAUCGUCGGGGUGUUAGAAAUCUUCUUGAUUCGUUAACAUUAAAGAAAAAUACAUCCACCGCUACAACAAUGACGACGACGACGACGACGACGACACUUAAAUCAUCUUCAACACUAAAUGGACACAAACAUGAAACUAACCAAGAUGGUGAAAACGACAAUGCGGAAGAUAAUAGCAAUGUUCCAUCAACAGUUGAAUCUAUUAUUGAUUUACUUAUGGCAGGUUUAAGUGAUAAAGAAUUAUAUGUUCGAUGGUCAUCAGCAAAGGGUUUAGGUCGUAUAACAAAUCGUUUACGUAAAUCAUAUGCUGCUCAAUUAGUAUCCCAUUUAUGUGAUCGUAUAUCAACAGUUGCGCUUCUUUCCUGUGAUCAUUAUGCUCUACAAGGAGGAUGUUUAGCAUUAGCUGAACUUGCUCGACGUGGACUUCUGUUACCAGAACGCCUUGCUUCUGUUAUGCCCAUUGUACAUAAAUCACUCAAUUAUGAUGAAAAACUGGGCCAUCAAACAUAUGGACAUAUCGUACGUGAUGCAGCUUGUUAUGUUUGUUGGUCAUUUGCACGUGCUUUUGAUACAAUUGAUUUCCGUUCGUAUACAGCUGACUUAGCUGGUAUGCUACUAUGUAUAAUUUGUUUCGAUUGGAAUGUUCAAUGUCGUCGAGCAGCAUCAGCUGCCCUACAAGAGAAUGUUGGCCGACAAGGAGAAUAUUUUCCACAUGGAAUAGAUAUUAUUCAACAAACUGAUUAUAAUCUUAUUGGAAAAUUCGAUUAUUGUUUUUUAACUUUAGCAUUUGCAUUAAUCAAAUAUUAUGAUAUAUAUGGCAGAUAUAUGAUUGAACAUUUAUUAAAAUAUAAAAUAAUACAUUGGAAAAAAGAAACACGUCUAUUAACAAGUCAACUUUUAGAAAAAACGUCUUCAACUUAUGGAACAAUUGAAGAAAUUUAUGAAACGAUCCUAUUACCUGUAUUGGAUCGAUGUUUAGAUAAAAAGAACGAUGGCAUUGCAAGACAUGGCCUUCUUGCCAGUUGUGGUCAUAUUGUCUAUGGACUUUAUCAACGUUUUCAAAAAAAUCCGAAUGAAUGCCAACGUUUAUCAGAGUUACGAGAAAAUCUGCAAAAUAAAAUCGCUAAUUUAUUGAAUGAAUAUAGAUUGCAAGGUUAUCUUGAAGGUUAUUCAGGUGAUCUUAUUCGACCGUCACUUUGUUCUUUUAUUGAAAAUAUAUCACGAUCAAUUGAUUAUUUUCGACAGAAUACAGAUGAUAUCUGUUUAUCAAACGAAACAAUUGAUUGCUGGCAAACAAUUAUCGAUGAAUGUAUUAGUAAUUUAGAUGAUGAUGUUAGACAAGCUGGUUUAAAUGCACUUAAAGCUUUUUCGAAUGCAUUCUAUUCAAAUAGCAAUUCAUCUCAUUUGAUUGAUCGUUAUCUCGGAAAAAUCUCUAUAACUUCUCAAGAACACAUUCGACAAGGUUUUUCUUUAGCUGUUGCAUCACUUCCAUCUCAAAUGUUAUUAGGAAGUAAAACGAUCGAUAAAAUUCUCGAUUGUUUAUUUAAAUUAAUCACAAUAACAAAUCAAAGUCAACAUUUAAUUAAACAACGUAAAGAUUCACUUAUUGCUCUGUGUGAUCUCUAUGAAAAUACUCAUUUUCAUUUAUCAUCGCCAUUCUCUAAUCAAACAUUAGUAAAUAAAUUAAUCAAUUCAUUUCUUCGUUGUACACGCGAUUAUACAAAUGACCGCUUUGGUGAUUCAGGUCGUCUCGUGCGUGAAAAAGCUUGUUCACAAUUAGUUCGUUUACUUCAAUUAAUUAAUGAAAAUUCUCAAACUAAAAGCUUUCUCACGUUGACUAUACUUCAAAAUUGUUUUUGUGCAAUUUUAACAAAUUUAUGUUCAAAAAUUGAUGAUUUACGAAUGAACAGUGGCGAAUCCAUAAUAAAAUUUUUAAAUAUUCCAUUUGAAGAAAAAAUUGCACAUAAAAAUGAAUUAAACACAAUAUUUCUUAAUCAAAAUGAUAUUGAUUGGCGUAAUAGUCAAAUAGUUUUUACUAUGAUUGUUCAAUUAUUAAUUUAUGAUAAAUAUCGUUAUGUUAUUUGGUCGAAUUGUUUAAUAACAGCAGGUGAUUUAUCAAAUGCAAGUCAAGCAUUAUAUACAUUUUUAAAAACAAACAAGUCCAAUGAUUAUCUAAUUAAUUUACUUUUAAAUGAUUUAGAAAAAAUUUUCAGCGAUCAACGUAUACAAAUGCGCGUUAUUAUUCCAUCUAUUCAAGCGUGUGAACGUCUUUUAUCUCAAUCGACAUUUGAAAAUUAUUAUGAAAAACAUUCCAAACAACUUAUUCAACAUUGGACAAAUAUUAUACAAUCAUUAGAAGAUAUACUAACUAAAAAACUACAAACUAUUAAUAAUAAUCCAACAUUAUAUUUACAUUUUAUUAAAUUAUAUUGUUCAUUAUUACAAUUUAAUAAUAUUGAAUUGAAAAAUUUAGUAUUGAAGUUAUUAACAAAAUUUUUUCUUCACAAUUAUCCAUGGGUAAGGCGACAGGCUGCUCAAAAUUUAUAUGAUACAUGUAUUCUGUUUAAUGAUGAUUUACUUCUUGGUGAUGACGAAGAUAAAUCUGAACAAGUUAUGAACUUGUUAACUGAAACUGAUUGGGAACAAAAUUUAGAUGAAUUAACAAAGAUUCGACAGACAUUACUCAAUUUAUUCCAUAUAGAGUGA